AUGAGGUACCGUCUCUCUGGCAAUCUAGACUUCCCACCGCCUGAGGACUUCCUCAUGAGUGAACGCCUCGAGCGCCUCUGUCAAAUUAAAGCGGAUCUCCAUCAUUUCGAAACGAGUGAGACCCAGACAUUUGCCUCCAUAGGAGAAGAAGCUAUCGAAGACACUGACAGCAACCUCAUUGAGUACAAUGACGAGCCCUUCCGCACAGCUGUCAUAGCGCCUAAGCGGCCAAGAGCAGACGACGAACCCUGGGACCUGGAAUGUGCUUUCUCAGGGUUUGCAAUCCGAGAGAUGGCUACCUGGGGUGGUGAGAGGCCUCUCAUGGGCUCUUACGCCCAGCUGGACUCCCCUCCGCUGAUCAACGGUCCAGGAUUUAAUUCCGAUAACUCGCUCAUGUUCGAUGAGUUUUGUCAGCGCGAGGACAAAUGUGGCUUUGAAAAAUAUUCUACCCGAACCGAGAAGGAAUAUCUUGCAUGGUCAGAGGAGCUGGCUCAGAAUAUCAAGUGCAAACUCGAAAUCAUCUACGGGACUGCUGGCAAAGUGCGAGUAUUAGUCCGGACUAAGGGUCGAGACAUUUCUCUACUGUUGUGGGGCCCCGAGUAUUCGGACGUUUCAUUGUGUCUUCUGUUCGCAGGGGAUUUUCGGAUCGACAGGAAUUUGGUCCAGUGUUCAGGUGGACUUGAGCGAAUCGUUGUGUUCGCCAAACAUCCAGAAACCUUUUGCAGAGAUUGGCGCCCUUCGACGGCAAUCCUUCAACACCGCUACUGUACUGCUGCCGCCAAGCCGAAUUGCGUGGAGAACUUUCCCAAUUUCUACCAAGACCGAGUGAGGCCAGAGAAGGUGAGGAUCGGAGAUCUCGCCAUCGACAUGCUGCUGUAUGAGCGAAUGGGGAACAGUGUGACCUUCGAGGGUCUUUCUCCUCAUUACCAGAAGUUCCUGCUGAGGAGGUUCGGUGUUCGUGACUAUGGAGAGUUGAUGAUUGUCUACGCAGAUGUGUUCGGCCUAACCGAAGACACACCAGGUGACGAUUACCCAGGAAUUGCUUCCAUUGCCCAUAGUCUUGUUAGCCGAGUUGCUACUUACAAGAAUGCCGAGAGAGGGAACAUCAGUAGUGACGACGGUGGUAAGGAGUUUGUAUCGAGCCUUGGAUCGUGCGCAUCAAUGGCGAAGUAA